GUUUUAGACUGGUUUACAAAUAUUCAUAGGGAGGCGACUUUAUUGCUCAAACAAAAGUAAACUCGUCUUUGUUUAAAACGUACUUCACAACACGUGUGCGGGAAAAAAUGGCAGAACACAUGGAGGGAAGUCAAAAUGGUCCUACAAAAGCCAAUGGAGAGUCAGGAGAGGAUAUGACAUCGAAGGACUAUUACUUCGACUCCUAUGCACACUUCGGAAUACAUGAGGAGAUGUUAAAGGAUGAAGUACGGACCCUUACCUACCGCAACUCUAUAUAUCACAACAAGCACCUGUUCAAGGGAAAGGUUGUCCUUGACGUGGGUUGUGGCACAGGCAUUCUCUGUAUGUUUGCUGCGAAGGCAGGGGCUGCAAAAGUUAUUGGGAUUGAAUGUUCUGGUAUAAUAGAUCAUGCACGAAGGAUAGUUGAAGCCAACAGGCUUGACAAACAGAUAGUGUUGAUAAAGGGAAAGGUAGAGGAGGUGUCGCUGCCAGAUGGCAUAGAGAAGGUCGACAUCAUCAUCUCAGAGUGGAUGGGAUACUGCCUCUUCUAUGAGUCCAUGCUUCAGACUGUUCUCUUUGCCAGGGACAAGUGGCUGGCCCCUGGAGGGAUGAUCUUCCCUGACAGAGCUACGCUGUAUGUCACAGCCAUUGAAGACAGACAGUACAAGGAUGAAAAAAUCAAUUGGUGGGACAGUGUUUAUGGUUUUGACAUGAGUGCUAUCCGGAAAGUAGCCAUCUGUGAACCACUGGUGGAUGUGGUUGAUCCUAAACAGGUCGUAACAAACGCCUGUCUUAUAAAGGAGGUGGACAUCUACACAGUGAAGGAGGAAGACCUGAAUUUCAGCGCCCCGUUCCACCUGACUUGCCGCAGAAAUGACUACGUACAUGCCCUUGUCACAUUCUUCAACAUGGAGUUUACUAAGUGUCACAAGAAAACUGGAUUUUCUACAGCCCCUGAAGCUCCAUACACCCACUGGAAACAGACAGUGUUUUACUUCAAUGAGACAGACUUGACAGUGAAACGAGGGGAAGAGAUCACAGGCACCAUUCAGAUGCAGCCAAACAAAAAGAACAAUAGAGAUCUGGACUUCGAGAUUGAUGUUAAAUUUGAUGGCGAGCUGUCACGCAUGUCUGAGAGUCUACGGUUCAAGAUGCGCUAGUGAAUCGUUCAGUGGUUGCCAUGGGAAAUAGUAUACUUACAAGUGGCUAGACUGUGAUACAACAGCACUAAUAUGUGUACCCAUUUACACAACGGUGUAACCCCGAUCUUAAAAGCAGUGGCUCCCACUGGACAUUUUAUCAUUUUACUUACACUGGCUGUUAGUCUAGAGCUAAUAGUUUUGUUAUAAAUGUAUCCAUAAACUGUUGAAAUUGCAUUCUUUUUUAAUACACUUAAAAAAAUUAAUUCAGAAAAAAUGUUACAUUGAAGUAGUUUGAUGAGACUGUUGUGUUUUAUGGUGCUUUGUACUGUAAUUAGUUAUGUUUGCAACUUGGUUGUUGUCGGGGAAAAAAUGUUUAAAUCUUGUCAGCCUCAGGGCUCUUUGACUGCUGGCCAGUAAAGUGACCAGUUUUUAAAGACUGACCAUGGUCUAGCUAGCCAGAUAACUGUUUUGAACAGUAAGGCUACAUGCAUAUGUGUUUGUCUGUAUGCAGAGCAGAACCUUGUCGUUACUAUAAUACAAAUAAUGAACAAAUUAUAGUGUGCAUGUAUAUUGAAAUUAUUGUUAUGACGAGGUUUGUCAUUAAGACGUAUUCAAGGUGUUGUUUGACAGGUGAGAUGCAUUGUAGUUAUCAACCCAGCAUAAAGUCUGGCCGAUAAGGUUGUUUUCAACUAAUCAGUUUUAAUAAAAGUGAUUCUUGAAAACUUUGUUUCUGGAAUAGUGAAUCACCAAGCAGCAAUGUUUCAUUUUGAUGGAGAAAACUGAAAAUACAACAUUAUUUGUGUCUAUCAUGUCUUCUUGUCUGAAAAUUGUACAUUGUGUUGCAUCAUUCAUUUUCUUAUCAUAAUCAAACAUUUAUAACAUACAAUCUUGCACUUGGCCAUUUCUGACCUGAAAGAAUCAAGCUGGAAUUUGUUCUAUGUCGUACCAUUUUUGGUCUAUGUAAUAAUUUUUAUAUUUGAUUCUUGUAAAGAAAGCAUCUUAUUCUUGAUUGAGUCACCUAGGAUUUAUAAAGGCAUCACACUUCCCUAUAGCUUAUGUAUGAUUCAAUGUACAGUCUUCAAACUGGGUAUGCACUAUGGUCAAGGUCAGUAGAUGACCCCUUUAGUUUUUGUGUCAAAGAGCAUGUUGACCAUUAAAAUGUAUUCUAGUUAAUAAGCUAACAUCUUGUAUAACAUUACAUACAUGUACUUGAUAUAUACAUACAUGUUCUUUAUAUAUAUAUAUAUAUAUAUAUAUAUAUAUAUAAAUUUUGGAAGAGAAAUAUAAAACACAUGCAGUUAAGAUUUGGACAAUCCACCCAAGAUUGUUUGGUUUUCACAAACCCUUUUAUCAGAUUCAACGAAAGCAGCCAAUCAGUACUGCUUACUUAUAUUUGUAACCUGGUUAUAAAAUAUACCAAUUAAUCCCAUAUUUCGUGCUAUCUUGGGUAGAUUGUAAUUGUAAAACAAAAACAACUUUAUGGUUGUUAAUUUACAGCUUUUUAGUGCAAUGUACAAUGUCACUUCAUGCCUCUGGUCAUCAAAAUCAUGCAUUUUAAUCUCAUUAAAUCAUUCACAACAUCAA